AUGAGUUCCUUCAAGAACAGCGUGAAAACUUCCACUACACCAAAGAUCACGGCAACGUCAGAAACGACCCGCUUUCACGUUGACACCCUCACCACCCUUUCCAGAGAGAUUGAUGUCAAAAAAGUUAGCGUAUCCAUCGGGAACAACGAUCUCCUUGUGGACGCACAUCUCCGACUGAAAGACGGUGUGCAUUACGCUCUCACUGGAAGGAAUGGCGAGGGCAAGUCCGUGCUCCUGCGAGCCAUCAGCAACAAGUUAAUCCCCGGUAUCCCUGAAAAUAUUCGGAUCUUGCUUGUCACUCAAAUUCAGGAAGAAGGCUCAGAUGCAGACCGAUUAACGAUUGUUCAGUCUGUCAUCAAAGCGGAUGCAAGGAGAGAACAAGCUCUCACCCAAUACGGGCUUCUAUCCGAUUCGCUAUCGGUAUCCAAUCCUCGCGCUAUCUCUGAGGCUGUGGCUCUUGUUCAAGUGGCUCGAGCUGAGGCCCAUCUCAAGCAGACUCAGAAAAUAGCCGAGCGCCGAAGCGGAGCACGGGGCGCUGAAGCUAGGAAGCAGCUUCUAGUUGCCGAGGCGAAAACCGCCGAGACUGAACAACGGCUUCAGUCAGUGCGGUCCGGGCGUUAUGAUCCUCAAGAUGCAGCUGUCGCCAGUGAAAUGUUGAAUGACAUUCAGGCGACCUUGGACGUGAUUGACGCAUCAUCGACUGAAGCACGGGCCAGGGUUAUAUUGAUUGGGCUAGGCUUCGCUUCAACUCAACUUGAUGAGAAAUUGUCAACCCUUAGUGGAGGCUGGAGAUCUCGUUGCGCUUUGGCGAGUGCCUUGUUACAGAAACCGGACUUGCUCAUUCUCGACGAGCCAACCAACUAUCUUGACUUGGUGUCGGUUAUAUGGCUUCAGGAGUAUCUCAAUUCCUUCCAGACAACCACUCUCGUCGUGGCACAUGACCGGGAAUUCGUCGACAGUGUCGCUCAGGAACUGAUCAUUCUAAGGAAAAAUACGCUCACAUACUUUGACGGCAAUCUGAGUGAUUACGAGCGCGAAAAUCGCAUCAAACUCAAAGGACAGAUUAAGAUGAAAGAAGCAUUGGAUAAGAAGAAGGAGGCUAUUGUUAAGACCAUUGAGCAUGGUUAUAAGACAGCAAAGAAGACUGGAGAUGAUGGGAAGGCCAAGAUGGCCAAAUCGCGUCAGAAAAAGCUAGAUGAUCGCUGGGGGUUAGAGCGAUCCGAGAAGGGCGGCCGCUUCAAGUUAAAUCGGGAUCUUGCAGGCUUUCACUUGGCAUCUCGCUCUGAAAUCAAAAUCGAUCAUGGCGACGGCGCCAUCAAAUUCACUUUUCCAGAUCCUGAACCAAUGCGGUUUCCUGGUGCACUCAUUCAGGCAACCGCAGUAUCCUAUGCUUACCCUGCGUCCGAGCCUACUCUGCAAGAUGUGACUCUCUCUAUCCAUCCCAAAUCGAGGAUAGCCUUUGUAGGGAGAAUGGCGAAGGGAAGAGUUAAGCUACUCGUCGGCUCCAUUGUUCCUGGAAAAGGGACUAUUGAACGCCAUUCCCGUCUACGAUUGGGAUAUUUCGAGCAGCUUUCUGUGGAUGUCUUGUCAUCGGCGGAGAUAUCUGGCAAUUCAGCUCUCGCUCAUUUCGCGGAGAGCAUCAAACAACGGUUUCACAUCAAUAUAUCGGAGGGCGAAGCUCGAGCUGUACUUGGUAGUUUUGGUCUUGGUGGCAGGAAGUCCACAGAUCCCAUUGCAAGCUUGUCUGGAGGUCAAAAGGUCCGACUGGCGCUUGCCAUUGUUGUUUACAACGCACCAGACCUUCUAAUACUCGAUGAGCCUUCCACACAUCUUGACGUGGACUCGAUUACCGCACUCCUUAUCGCGCUUCGAGCCUACAAAGGGGCAGUUCUUAUUGUAAGCCAUGACAGGCACUUCGUGCGAUGUGUGGUCGAGGGAGCCCCUAUCCUCGAAUCAUCUGGGGAUUCAGACGCUAGCGAGGAUGAGUUAUCUAGCCACGAAGCUGGUGGCCCCCGAGAACCCGGAUUUGUGUAUCAGGUUGGUCCGAAAGGCAAAUUCAAACUCCUUACGCGAGGCGUCGACGAAUAUGCAGAGAGCAUGGAGAAGAAGAUGCGUAAAUUGGCAUUGGGAUGA